GAGAGAGAGAGUUCUCAGCAUGUGCUCUAAAGAACGAUAUGGCCAUUCUUUAGAAGUUGCCUGUCCGAAAAGAAAGUUUCUGCUCUCUUGGAGGGGGCGGAGGGUUCAUUGGCUAGUUGGAUUGUGACAUCAAUAGAGAUCUAAUUGACUUCUAGCUGGAGGCUGUGCUCUCUCUCUCUCUUUUUGUGUCUGCCUACUGAAAAAUCCAGUUUGCCACACUACAUCACAAUGGCUGAUCAAGUACUUGUGAUUGGUAGUGGAGGCCGAGAACAUGCUCUGGCUUGGAAGCUGGCUCAGUCACCACAUGUGAAGCGGGUAUUGGUUGCUCCAGGAAAUGCUGGAACAGCCAAUAGUGAGAAAAUCUCUAAUUCAGCUGUCUCGAUAAAUGAUCAUGCUGCUCUUGCGAAGUAUUGCAAAGACCAGAAGAUUGGACUUGUGGUGGUUGGUCCAGAAGUUCCUCUUGCUCAGGGAAUUGUUGACGAUUUGACAGCUGCUGGUGUCAGAUGCUUUGGUCCUACAGCAAAGGCAGCUCAGCUAGAAUCCAGCAAAAGUUUUUCGAAAGCUUUUCUGGAUAGGAAUAGCAUCCCAACUGCAAGAUGGAAAGCUUUCACUAGUGCAGAAGAAGCUUGUACCUUUAUUACUAGUGCAGAGUUCCGUGCUCUUGUGGUAAAGGCAAGUGGUCUGGCUGCUGGGAAAGGUGUGAUUGUUGCUACCAAUAAUGAAGAAGCUUGCAGAGCAGUACAUGAAAUAAUGCAGGAUAAAACCUUUGGAGCAGCUGGAGAAACUAUCGUUGUUGAAGAACUUCUUGAAGGAGAAGAAGUUUCUUGCUUAUGCUUCACAGAUGGUGUCACUGUUGCUCCCAUGCCACCUGCCCAGGAUCACAAACGGUUAAUGGAUGGGGAUCGGGGUCCAAACACUGGUGGCAUGGGGGCAUAUUCUCCAGCACCUCAGCUAUCCAAGGAUCUGCUUCUGAAAAUCAGAAAUUCUAUUCUUCAGAAAACAGUUGAUGGUAUGAGAAGAGAAGGUAUCCCUUACGUAGGUGUGCUCUACGCUGGAUUGAUGUUAACCAAGGAUGGACCUAAAGUUUUAGAGUUCAACUGUAGAUUUGGUGACCCUGAAUGUCAGGUAAUUCUCCCAUUACUCAAGAAUGAUCUCUAUGAGAUUGUACAAGCAACCAUUGACAGGAAGUUAUCUGGUCACAUUCCUGUUUGGCAUGAAGACUGUGCAGCUGUAACGGUGGUCAUGGCUAGUGAAGGCUACCCAGGAACCUACGCCAAGGGUUUGGAAAUAACAGGAUUUUCUCAGGCUAAAAAGCUAGGCUUGGAGGUGUUCCAUGCAGGCACAACCAUAAAAGACGGCAAAAUGGUGACCAAUGGAGGCAGAGUCCUCACCGUUACUGCAAUCAAAAAGGAUCUUGUAUCUGCACUAGAAGAAGCCAACAAAGGUGUAGGAGUCAUUCAGUUCAGUGGUGCCAUUUAUAGAAAGGAUAUUGGUUAUCGAGCUAUAGCUUUCCUUAAACAAUCCAGGGGCUUGACAUAUAAAGACAGUGGUGUAGACAUUGCAGCUGGUAACACCUUGGUUCAGAAAAUUAAGCCUUUAGCAGCUGCCACAUCCAGACCAGGCUGUAAUGCUGACCUUGGAGGGUUUGCUGGCCUCUUCGACUUGAAAGAAGCUGGGUACAAAGAUCCAAUUUUGGUAUCUGGAACUGAUGGUGUUGGAACAAAGCUUAAGAUUGCCCAACUGUGCAACAAACACAACACAAUUGGCCAGGACUUGGUUGCAAUGUGUGUCAAUGAUAUCUUAGCUCAGGGAGCUGAGCCUCUGUUCUUCCUUGACUACUUCGCCUGUGGGAAACUAGACGUGGAAUUGGCUCAGGCAGUCAUAGCUGGAAUAGCUGAAGCCUGUACUCUGGCAGGAUGUGCCCUUCUUGGAGGAGAAACUGCUGAAAUGCCUGGCAUGUACCACCCUGGAGAAUAUGACCUGGGUGGCUUUGCAGUUGGUGCUGUAGAACGAGGGCAAAUGCUCCCCCAACUAGACAGAGUUGUUGCUGGGGAUGUUGUUAUUGGAAUUGCUUCCUCUGGCAUUCACAGCAAUGGAUUUAGCCUUGUGAGGAAGAUCAUUGAAAACUCCCCUCUCAGCUUUUCCUCUCCUUCAGUGGGUGGCUCUGGGGACCAGACAUUAGGAGAACAACUGCUUACCCCUACUAAAAUCUACAGCAAGGUUCUGUUGCCAGUCAUUCGUUCAGGUUGUGUGAAGGCAUAUGCCCAUAUCACUGGAGGAGGGUUGCUGGAAAACAUUCCGCGUGUCCUCCCUGGAACAUUUAGUGUAGUCUUAGAUGCCUUGAGUUGGAAAAUACCUGAAAUCUUUUCCUGGCUCCAAAAAGAAGGAAAUCUAUCAGAAGAGGAAAUGGCUCGAACAUUUAAUUGUGGGAUUGGGGCAAUCCUGGUUGUGCAGGAAGAGCUUGCUGAACAGGUUUUGAGGGACAUCCACAGGCAUGAAGAUGCAUGGUUGAUUGGGAAAGUUGUACCCCAUCGAUCAGGCUCUCCCCAUGUUGAAGUCAACAACUUGCUUCAAGCUUUACAUGCAAAUAGAUUACAGAUGCUACACAAUCAUCAAAGCAAAACGAGAGUGGCUGUCCUCAUCUCUGGAACGGGUACAAAUCUGGAAGCUCUAAUAACCAGCACUAAGAAGCCAAGCAGCUACGCACAAAUAGUUCUUGUUAUUUCCAACAGAGCUGGUGUAGAGGGGCUGAAGAAAGCUGAAAGAGCUGGCAUUCCUACCAAAGUGAUUGACCACAAGCUAUAUAGCAGUCGUACUGAGUUUGACGGUGCAGUUGACAAAGUCCUUGAAGAGUUUUCGGCUGAACUGAUUUGUCUUGCAGGUUUUAUGCGAAUAUUAUCUGGUCCUUUUGUCAGAAAGUGGAAUGGGAAAAUACUGAAUAUUCACCCUUCUUUGCUGCCUUCAUUUAAAGGCGCCAAUGCCCACAGGCUGGUAUUGGAAGCCGGAGUUCAAGUCACUGGUUGCACGGUGCACUUUGUUGCUGAAGAAGUUGAUGCUGGAGCAAUCAUCGUUCAAGAAGCAGUUCCAGUGAAGACUGGCGAUUCAGAGGAGACCCUGUCAGAAAGAGUAAAGGAAGCAGAGCACAGAGCCUUCCCUGCUGCUAUGCAGCUUGUGGCAAGUGGAGCAAUUUGGUUAGGAGGAGAUGGGAAGAUAAUCUGGACAUCAAAAAAACAAAACUGACCCAUUGCAGGAUAUAUAAUGGUGUUAAGAAGCUAGAAAUAACAUUGGGAUGGGAUUAUUUGUUUAAUUCAUUAGCCUAUGGCAGCAGUGUCUUGUAGUUCUGACCAAGUCAAGAUGAGGAUGCUGACAAAGCUAGACUGAGAAAGGAAUGCAUUUUCUACUAUUCUGUGCUCUGGCUGCUUAAAACAGAACGGUACAGAGUGCAGAUCCAUACAGCAAGCUAAUUGUGUGGUUUAUACAAGUCAGUCCACACUGUUCUGUGGGUUUGUGCAUGAAUGUUUUCCUAACUGACAAGGGGAACCUCUUCACUCAAAUAAUAACACAGAUUACAUGGCAUGCAAUGUUCCAUUUAUAGUGGUCAGCCAUGCAGCAAACCCAUACUUAAAUCAAGCCUCACAAACAGUGUUUUGAUAGACUGAGAGUAUUGUCAGGAAAGUAACACUAGAUUAAAACUAUUUGUGAUGAUAUAGUAUUAAAAAAUUAACACCAUAUUUUCCUGCUAAAUACCAGUUCCAUGCAGAAUCAAACCCAUUCAUUUUCUGUGCUGUAAGUACUGGUGGUAAAUCUUCUUGUAUUUGGUAAUUUCCUUUGAAAGAAUUCAAAAAACACUCUGCAGUGUUCUUAAAGACUAGUGCUAUAGUUAGUAACUCUUUUUAGGAUUGCACUGCUGGUCUUCCCUCCCCCAGACAUUUCUAAAUUUAUUAUCUAUAAUACUGUGACACAUUUGAAUAAGUUUAACUCAUCACUUUGUAUAAGCGUAUGAAAAGAACAAAUGGAUGUACAUCGUAUAGAGCUUUUUGCUAUUUGCAAAAAUACUGCCAAGCACCAAUAGAAGCUGGACUCCAGCCAUACUACUGAUAUUUUUCUGUUGCCUGUUUUACAUCCUGUUCUGUGAUCUCAAGCCCUUUCUAAUAAAAUAUUUCACCAAUAUGAAAAUAUACUUUUAAAACAAA